CCUCGACAAAUGGGCGGAAAUUAGCGGACAGAUAGAGAAAAGUAGCUACUUUCAAUUUGCGGAAGAGGAUGAGGAAGGCGAAGAUUCGUCGAAUGGCGAUGGUGAACAAGUAGAGGAUGGAGAUUCAGACUCCCCGCGCGCGAGGCUUAGUAGAAAUAUAGCUAGGAGAGUAAACCUAGCAGCACCGAAUGUUCGGGAUUUGAUGGCUCAAGUGGAGUUGAGACCAAAGUGGAGAAAGAAACUUCGAAAGCAGUAUGAAGAUGAUGACAACCACGAGCGCAACCAGAGAUGGAUACCUGUAACUUGGCCUCACGAACUGCUGCUCCGAUUAAAAGCACAGAAAGACGCCACUUGUACUCGUUUGUGUCAUUUGUCCAGUGCCUUUGCACAUCUAGUAUUGGCAAACUUACAUCCAAAUGCCGGAGUCGCAUACCAGGGAAUAGAGCGUGCACAACUCGACAAUGCUCAGUGGUACUAUAAGACAGCGCAGUAUAUGUGGAAACAGUUUGACACUGAAUGGGAGGUGGUCAUGUCUGACCGGUUUUUGACACGGUUUGUGAGAUAUAGAGAGAGAGGAAGCCGGCGUGCUAGUGGUAGUGAAGACGAUAAGAAUAACAAGGACAAGAAGAAAAGGGUAAGCGACCAUCAAGGCGUUAAUGUGGAACAGAACGGAAUUGCGGCGGAAAAGGUAGCUAAACGCCCAAGAAAAGUCGAGUAUUUCGAUGCAAGUCGUGGACACGUUCAGGACGAUGCCCUAACAAACUUCUGCGCAGCUG